AUGGAUAAACCCAAGACCGCUGUUAUCGUUGGAGCUGGCGCUGGAGGGAUUUCGAGCGCAGCACGCCUUGCAAAGGCUGGCUUUCGUGUCACUGUUGUUGAGAAGAAUGACUUUACCGGUGGACGGUGCAGUCUCAUCCAUCGAGAUGGCCACCGAUUCGACCAAGGUCCCUCACUCCUCCUCCUUCCCGACCUCUUCCGCGAAGCAUUCACCGAUCUAGACACGUCUCUCGAAGCAGAAGGAGUUGAAUUGCUCAAAUGUGAGCCAAAUUACAACGUGUGGUUUGGCGAUGGAGAGUGUAUCGAAUUGUCGACCGAUGUGGCUGCCAUGAAAAAGACCAUUGAAAGGUGGGAGGGCAAAGAUGGCUUUGAAAGAUAUCUACAAUGGAUGCAAGAGGCCCACGUCCACUAUGAGGCAAGCGUGGUCCAUGUUUUGAGGAAGAACUUCACAAGUCUUUUGCAUCUCGCGAGACCCAGCUUCCUGCCGUACCUGCUGGCUCUCCAUCCGUUCGAAAGCAUCUGGCGUCGCGCGUCGACAUAUUUCAGAACCGAGAGAAUGCGACGGGCUUUCACAUUUGGAAGCAUGUACAUGGGCAUGAGCCCUUUCGAAGCCCCAGGCACUUACAGCUUGCUACAGUACACCGAGCUUGCAGAGGGUAUCUGGUAUCCUCGAGGUGGUUUUCACAAAGUCCUUGAUGCUUUGGUUCAAGUAGGCGAACGUCUAGGAGUGCAGUACAGGCUCUCUACUCCGGUGUCGCAUGUGAAUGUUGAUCGAUUUUCUGGUCGUGCAAAUGGAGUGACUCUGACGACGGGGGAGAUACUCAAUGCUGACAUAGUGCUCGUCAAUGCUGAUCUCGUCUACGCCUACAACGAGCUCCUGCCGCCGUCACAAAAAGCAAAGACGCUCUCAAAGAAGCAAGCUUCCUGUUCCAGCAUCUCCUUUUACUGGUCCAUGGACAAGAUUAUCCCUGGGUUACAUACCCACAAUGUUUUCUUGGCCGAUGAAUACCAAGACAGUUUCGACGAUAUCUUCAAGCGACAAUCGAUACCCAAAGAGCCCUCUUUUUACGUCAACGUGCCUUCCCGAGUCGAUCCCAGUGCCGCUCCUAGCGGUCGAGACACCAUCGUUGUUCUCGUACCGUGCGGGCACUUACUAGAGAGCCAGGCUGAUCGCGGAUUGAACCCACAGCAUGCACAAGACUGGCAAGCGAUGGUGUCAAAGGCUCGCAAUGCCGUGAUUGAAACAGUACGUUUGAGGACUGGGGUCGAUCUCGGGUCCCACAUUGUCGACGAGGUGAUCAAUACGCCUUCUUCGUGGAAACAGAGCUUCAACCUCGAUAAGGGUGCUAUUUUGGGAUUAAGCCAUUCGUUCUUCAAUGUCCUCAGUUUCAGGCCACGCACGAAGCACGAUCAAAUCAAGGGCCUCUACUUUGUUGGCGCCAGUACUCAUCCUGGGACUGGCGUCCCGAUCGUUCUGGCCGGUAGCAAAAUCACAACCGGACAGAUCCUGGAUGACUUAGGCAUGAGCAAGCCUUGGUCUCCUGGGGGCCACGAAAAGAGGGUGGUGAGCAAUCUGGACGUAGUGGCCAGACCGCCGUUGGCUCUUGGACCUCUGGUGGUGUUCUCCCUUAUGGUCUUGUGGGCAGUCCUUCUGCCUUACGUCUUGAAGUAUACGCGUGCUUGA